CAUGGACUAGUUUUGAGGCCAGGUAGCUCGGCAUUGCAGAGGCGAUGUCGGACGCAAGAUGUCAACGACGGCGGCAUAAAUAUGCCAUUUCUCCUCUUCGACUGAGGCUGGGUUCUCCUUCGUCAGCAAUUAAGCAUCCCGCUUUCGCGUUCACAAGAGCUUGUGAAAACUCGUACGGACUCAGCGGAGCGAUUUAUUCACCGAUUUCUUGUGCUUUGACUUCCCCAUGGCUCCAACAACUGGCGACGACAUGAUCCUCAGCAUCGACGAUGUUAAGAGAGCAGCCUCCGCCAAGCUGCCUUCAAUCGCUAGAGAAUUCUACAAUGCUGGCUCAACCAACCAGGUCACAGUGACGGAGAACACGACUGCCUAUUCCAAAUAUCGACUUCGCCCUCGGGUUCUUGUCGAUGUGUCAAAGGCCGACAUGGCCACCACUGUCUUUGGGCAGAAGGUCGCUUUUCCCCUUUGCGUCUCUCCUGCGGGACUCCAGGCCAUGGCUCAUCCCGAUGGUGAGCUUGCUACCAGCCGUGCGUGUGCCAAACGCGGGGUGCACAUGGGCGUUUCUUCCUUCUCUAACCAUUCCGUCGAGGACGUCCGAGCCGCCGGGCUUGAGGCUGGCCCUAUCCAACACGCCAUGCAGCUGUACAGCAUGCAGGAUCGGGAGGCUCAAUUGCGCAUCAUCAGACGCGCGGAAAAGGUUGGCUGCACUGCCAUUCUCUUGACGGGAGACAGUCCCGUGCUGGGAGUGCGGUACAACGAGUACCGCAAUGAUUUCCGCACGCCUGAAGGUCUCGGCCUUCCUAUGCUCGAAAGGACCUCGGAGUCAAUUCGCGCCCAAACACACGACGAUGGAUUCAACGCCUUCAACUCCGAUUCGCACUCGUGGGCCAAGGAGAUCCCUUGGUUGAGAAGCGUCAGCAAGAUGCAGAUCUGGAUCAAGGGUGUUCUGACCGCCGAAGACGUGCAACUUGCGAUCCAGUACGGUUGUGAUGGCGUCAUUGUUAGCAACCACGGCGGCAGACAACUUGACGAGACUGCGCCGACUAUCGAUGCGCUACCAGAGUGCGUUAAAGCAGCCAGGGGCAAGAUUCGCGUGCACAUUGACGGCGGCAUUCGAAACGGCACUGAUAUUUUCAAGGCGCUGGCUCUCGGAGCGGAAUGUGUGUGGAUUGGUCGCCCUGUGCUUUGGGGACUUGCUUAUGAUGGCGAGGCAGGCGUCACCAAGACUCUGGAUAUUCUCUAUGACGAGUUCAAGCGAUGUAUGCUGUUGUGUGGUUGCAGCACCGUCGCCGACAUCACUCCUGCUGCGCUCGGUAUUGUACGAAAGGACGGUCCGCUUGCUAGAUUGUAGAUUACGUCGACUGCGCAGAAAGCUCUUAAUUUAGUGCUAUUUGGAAUCAAAAGAAUUAAGGAUAAAACAUACAUGCAACUGAUUUCAAUGAAA